UCAACCCAACAUAUCCAAAGUAUCAUUUUGGUGUGUAAUCAACAUAAAACUUCAUCAAUGAGAUAUUUCGCAUUAUUUUUUUUUCCUACAAAGACUUUCAAUCUGAUGUGUAUUUCAAUCGUGAUGUGCACGUCUCCAUUUGGACUAGCACAUUUCAGGCCACGUGUACCGGUAGCUGGUGGUUAUUAUAUUGGACAGUGUGAUUCAUCACCAUGUCAAUCGUCUACACUACAUCCAACACGAAUCAAAGCCGACCCUUCUCAGAUUUAAGACCGUGUUUUCCGAUUCCUCAUCCUGGGAACGGAGGGAGAGGCAUUUUUCUGAUAAGCGGAAGGAUGCCUCCCAGGUUUCUGACCUCCUAGGACACGUCUGCAAAUAGCACCAGACCUCGCGGUUUCCCGAAAUGUUCGCUCCGGAGCCCUCACGCUCCCCGCGGUCCAGGCCUCGCCACUCUGUCCCCCGGAAGAGGGUCUACUCUAUGGUGGGGAGAACUCGUCCUCUCUAGCUCUCCAGCCCUCCAGUGGACCAUCUAUGGUCUCCCCGAGGCCUCGCCGGAAGCUCCUGCGCGAGGUGGGUGGGAAACCGGAAAUUGCGCUCUCAUUGGUCGCCACCCGGGUUUCAAAUUGCGGCCGAGGCCUGAGCACCUUUGACUGAUGUCCUCUGGGCUUAGCGCGGGAGCGCCUCGCGGGUGGCCCUCAGAUUUAUCAACAGACUAAUUUCUUCACUGUCAAAAUGGCAUCACUUUCUACCUCUGCCCAGUGUUCAACAUCUGACAGUGCUUGCAGGAGCUCUCCAAGACAGAUCAAGCAGGUACGACCAAAACCGCCACUUCUGAAGAUUUUGCAGGCAGCAGGUGCGCAGGGUGAAAUCUUCACUGUUACCCAGGUCAUGCACUUUCUAGGCCAAUAUAUAACAAUGAAGCAGCUUUAUGAUCCUCGGGAGCAGCAUAUGGUAUAUUGUAGUGGAGAUCUUUUGGGAGAACUCCUAGGAUGUCAGAGCUUCUCUGUGAAAGAUCCAAGCCCUCUCUAUGCUAUGCUAAGAAAGAAUCUUGUCGCUUUAACCACUGCUACUGCAGAUGCUGCUCAGACUCUCGCUAUCGCACAGGAUCAAAAUCUGGAUAUUCCAAGUCAAGACCACCUGAAGCAAAGUGCAGAGGAAAGGCCCAGUUCCAGGAAAAGUACCGAAGAAGGCAAUAUUCCCACACUGCCUACCUCACAGAACAAAUGCACACAUUCCAGAGAAGACGAGACAUCUAGGCUGGACCUCGGGCUUGAGGAGUGGGAUGUAGCUGGCUGGCCAUGGUGGUUUUUAGGAAAUUUGAGAAACAGUUAUACACCUAGAAGUAAUGGCUCAACUGAUUUACAGACAAAUCAGGAUAUAGGUACUGUCAUUGUUUCAGAUACGACAGAUGACGUGUGUUUUUUGAAUGAGUCAGUAUCAGAGCAGUUUGGUGCUGGAAUAAAAGUUGAAGCUGCUGAUAUUGAACAAACAAGUGAAGAAGUAGGGAAAGUGAGAGACAAAAUGGUGACUGAAGUGGGAAAAAGUGAUGACCUUGAGGACUCUAAGUCCAUAUGUGAUGAUACUGAUGUAGAGGUUGCCUCUGAGGAUGAGUGGCAGUGUACUGAGUGCAAGAAAUUUAACUCUCCAAGCAAGAGGUACUGUUUUCGGUGCUGGGCCUUAAGGAAGGAUUGGUAUUCAGAUUGUUCUAAGUUAACGCAUUCUCUCUCCACGUCUGAUAUCACUGCCAUACCCGAAGAGAAGGAAAAUGAAGGAAUUGAUAUUCCUGAUUGCCGCAGAACCAUAUCAGCUCCAGUUGUUAUACCUAAAGAUAAAUAUAAAAAAGAAGAAAACCCCAAACUCUUGGAUCCCUGCAACUCGGUGGAGUUCUUGGAUUUGGCUCACAGUUCUGAAAGUCAAGAGACUGUGUCAAGCAUGGGAGAACAAUCAGCUAACCUUUUCCAGCAGAGAACAGUGACAGGAAGCAUGGAGGAUUGCCGGAAUCUUCUGAAGCCCUGCAGUGUAUGUGAGAAAAGACCACGAGACGGGAACAUUAUUCAUGGAAGGACGAGCCAUCUUGUCACUUGUUUUCAGUGUGCCAGAAGAUUAAAGAAGACUGGGGCUUCAUGCCCUGCGUGCAAGAAAGAGAUUCAUUUGGUUAUUAGGGUUUUUAUAGCAUAGCUGUGAAUCGGUGAAUUUUAACAAUAUUAACAAGGUCAGGUCAUGUAUUCAAAACGUCAGUCUUGAGCAUCUUUGUUCAGUCUGACCCAUUAUUUAUUCAUGUAAACGGCGUGUUUCAGAACGUUUUUGCUUGUAAAUUGAGAAUGAGUUCUUUAGAACUAGACUAUUAAUUUGGGGACUCAGCAUAAAAAGAUACGUUAAUCACUUCAUCUCCCUUCAGAGCUGAGGAUCUGGGCCCUGGUUGGUGUGGCUCAGUUGAUUGGAUGCCAUCCUGUGCACCGAAGGAUCUUGGGUUCAAUUCCUGAUCAGGACACAUACCCAGGUGGCGGGUUCAAUCCCUAGCUGGUGCGCAUACAUGAGGAAACCGGUCCUUAUUUCUCUCCCACUUCUUUCUCUCUAUAAUCAAUAAUUAAAAAAAAAAAUCCUCACCCA